AUGUCGCAACAGCCGCGUUACCUAGUUACCGGAGCGAAUGGCUACAUCGCCUCUGCACUCGUCAAGAGACUCGUAGAUGACGGUGCUCACGUUAGGGCCACCGUGCGUCGAGAGGCAGCGGGCGAGGCAUUGCGAGACAUGCUUUCACCAGGCGCAAAGGGCUCACUCGAGAUUGCUAUAGUCGGCGACAUCACUGCCUCUGGCGCCUUUCGAGAUGCCUUGCAAGGUGCUACCCACGUCUUCCACAUGGCCUCGCCGAUACCUGGCGAGGGGAAAACCGAUGCCAAGCGCGAUUUCCUCGACCCGGCCGUUGCAGGUACUCUAAGUCUCAUCCGAGACGCGAAUCAUGCCACCUCGACAGUGCGCAAGAUUGUACUCACUGCUUCCAUCGCAAGUAUCAUGGACGUAGCCCGCGCCAACCAGGGUGGCACCUUCACCGAAUCGGAUUGGAACCCUGUCACUUACGAUCAAGCCAUCGCCCUCGGUGCUCAACUCGAUGUCAGCAACGCUGAAGACUACAUUAAGGCUGCCAUGCAAGUCUACGCAGCGUCCAAGAAGCUUGCCGAAAAAGCUGCUUGGGACUUUACGACUGAGAACAAGCCUUCCUUCGCUUUGACCACGGUCCAUCCUGCCUUUGUGAUUGGCAGGUCUGCGACCAAGGGUGUCGACUUGACCGGGACCAAUGGAAUGUUCUGGCAGGCAUUGACGACCAGGCCGCUGCAGGCGGAUCGUGCCACUUCUGCAUAUGUGGACUUGGAGGACACAGUUGAGGGUCAUAUCAAGGCUAUGGAGAAGGAAGAGGCGAAUGGAAGAAGGUUCAUCUUGGUGGGAGAUCAACCUUUGAUUGCGGAUGUGAUCAAUUGGGCAAAGGCACACGGUGGGUCUCAGCUGCCAUUUGAGCGAGUGCAGGUCCCAGAAAACGCCGAUGAGAUCAAAAGCAAGGUGACCAGGUUCGAUGUGAGCGCUACGGAAAGCGUGCUCGGUAUUAGAUUCAAGUCUAUGCAACAGACGGUCGAGGACUUCGUCGAUUGGGUGACAGAGGUCAAGAAAUAG